AUGACUUCCCUAAUUGUCCGUAUCCCAGAGGGAGAGGCCCCCAAACUCGCCCAGGAACAACUCCCGCUCCCUCGCCCCGUCGCCGGACAAGUCCUCGUCAAGGUGUCACAUGUAGCCCAGAAUCCCACGGACGUCCAAAGCUUCGACGUAAAUGCAUUCGGGGACGGCGCCGUGCUGGGCUGUGACUUUGUCGGCGAGGUCACCGAGCUGGGUAGCGGAGUUACUCGUCUGGCCAAGGGCGAUGUUAUUGCAGGGUUGAUUUGGGGAGGGGAGAUCCCCGGUCUCGGCGCGUACAGCGAAUAUACCAUCGCAGACGAGCGGAUCUCGUUCAAGGUGCCGGCGGCGAAUAUCUCCAAGGCACAAGCGAGCACGGUGCCCUUGGCAGCGGCCACCGCCUGGCUUGCGCUGUUCUCCAAGGAGUGUCUGAACAUAGAUCGCUCCCAGGCGGAAGGGACUAGUGUGCUGGUGUGGGGUGCUAGCUCAAGUGUCGGUCUCUACACCAUCCAACUGGCCGCUCUCCUCGGCUUCGAAGUAGUCGCAACCUGCAGUCCUCGCAACGCCGACCUCGUCCGAACCCACGGAGCCAAACAUGUCUUCGACUACAACGACGCAGACGUAAUUGACCACAUCACCAAGGUUGGCCCCCACCUGCAGUACAUCUUUGACACCAUUGGCAACGCCAAUUCCUCCAGGAUUGCGUCCGGGGCGUUGGGGGGCCGCGUCGGGCAUCUCUGCACCGUUAGACCGGGCAAGGCUAACACGGAGCAUGUCGCGCCGAACACGCAUGUCACGGAUGUGCUGGUGUGGACGUCUUUCUUAAAAGAUCAUAGCUAUGGCCCGUUCCGUUGGCCGGCCUCCAAGGAAGACCAUGAGCUGGCGAGCGAGUUGUUUGAGAGUCUACCCGCAUGGCUAGAGCAGGGACGGAUCCAGCCGAAUCCGACUAAGCUGUUUCAUGGUCUCGACAGUGUGGUCCAGGGCUUUCAGGAAUAUCGGGAUGGAAAGAUCUCGGCGUACAAGAUUGUCUAUGAGGUCUGA